AUGGGUGGCUUCGCUGAUUUCGCAUACAUUUCAGCUCCAAUCGACUUAGCUGAGGUACUCUGUUGUGCUGAUAAAAUCAUUGAUACUGUACGUAAAUAUGCUGAUCGCCUGAUCCCUCAUUUACCCAAUCAGAAGCCGACAUAUACUGAUGAGGAGGAGCUGGAGCACACAUUACGGGCUCCACAGUUCCGACAAGCAGUUAAUUUGUUUGGUCAAGCGUUACAAGCAGGACAGAUAGGUCCAGUGUUUCAACAGUUCGGCAUCGAUUUGAAUUUGGCUACGCUUGGUGGAUUUGGAAGUAUGUUUUUUGUUUAUCCUUUUUUUGAGACUUAUAUGGUCACGUGGGCGACGCAUUUUACGAGGACUGAAGGCGCAAAGGUACCUGCACCUGCUACCGCGACGCCAGCACCUGCUACCGCGACGCCGGCACCUGCUACCGCGACACCAGCACCGGCAGCCACGACAUCGCGUGAUAGCGCUGAAUCCGGUAUUGAGGAUGAGGAGACAAAUGAAACAGCGGUUCGUGAAGCUGAGAACAAGAAGCCCGGUGACGGCAAUAUGGAUGUUGAUUGA